AUGGCGUGUGCCCGUGGUUGCCAUGGCAUCGCCGCCUUUUUGCUCGUCAGUCUGACCGUUGGGCUGCUGACCCUCGCAAAAAAUCUCAGCCAUCCGAAGAUGCCCAAAAGCGCAGGCCCACGCAGUGACAGACGACUGACUUCCAAGAGUGCAAUUGAAGCAGAGACAGUGCCCUCAACCAGCAAUCAUGUGAUGGCGCAGGAUCAGAGCGUUUCGACAAUGCACCGACGUUUGACUACAGUCGAAGUGAACACCCUUUAUUCAAACUAUGGUGCUUUCGCUGCAAAGAUGUCGGACGGCAGUGUCGUAACUUGGGGUGAUUCGUCCUAUGGUGGUGACUCAAGUUCUGUGACUAGCCAGCUGGAAGCAGGUGUUGAGUUGGUUUACUCAACUUGGUAUGCCUUUGCUGCAGUCAAGUCGGAUGGCAGUGUUGUGACUUGGGGGCAUUCGUCCUACGGUGGUGACUCAAGUUCUGUGACUGCCGAGCUGGCGUCGGGUGUUGCGGUGAUCCAUUCGACUAGAACUGCCUUUGCUGCAAUCAGGUCGGAUGGCAGUGUUGUGACUUGGGGGCAUUCGUCCUAUGGUGGUGACUCAAGUUCUGUGACUGCUGAGCUGGCGUCCGGUGUUGUGGAGAUCUAUUCUGGCAACGAAGUCUUCGCAGCCAAAAAGGCGGACGGCAGUGUGGUGACUUGGGGUGAGUCCUCCUAUGGUGGUGACUCAAGUUCUGUGACCAGCGAGCUGGCGUCAGGUGUUGAGAAGAUCUUCUCUAAUAGUUUUGCUUUCGCUGCAAUCAAGUCGGACGGCAGUGUCGUGACUUGGGGUUAUGCAUCCUAUGGCGGUGACUCAAGUUCCGUGACUAGCAAGCUGGCGUCAGGUGUUGUGGAGAUCCGUUCUACUGACGCCGCCUUCACAGCCAAAAAGUCGGACGGCAGUGUCGUGACUUGGGGUUAUUCAUCCCAUGGUGGUGACUCAAGUUCCGUGACAAGCCAGCUGACGUCCGGUGUUGUUGAGAUCUAUUCCGACACCUCUGCCUUUGCUGCAAUCAAGUCGGAUGGCAGCGUCGUAACAUGGGGUGAUUCGUCCCAUGGUGGUGACUCAAGUUCUGUGACUGCUGAGCUGGCAUCAGAUGUUGAGACGAUCUAUUCGGCUUGGUACGCCUUUGCUGCAGUCAAGUCGGAUGGCAGUGUUGUGACUUGGGGUGAUUCGUCCUAUGGUGGUGACUCAAGUUCUGUGACUAGCGAGCUGGCGUCGGGUGUUGCGGAGAUCCAUUCGACUAGGAACGCCUUUGCUGCAAGAAAAUCGGACGGCAGUGUCGUGACUUGGGGUCUCUCGGCCUUUGGUGGUGACUCAAGUUCAGUGAGCAGUGAACUCGGAUGGGGCGUUGUGGAGAUCUAUUCGACACUCUUUGCUUUUGCUGCAAUCAAGUCGGAUGGAGGUGUCAUUUCGUGGGGUUCUGCGGCCAACGGCGGCGAUUCCAGCGCAGUAGUAUGGGGCACUAUUACAACUUCGUCGGCAGCAUCCACCGAGACAACUACGGCCUCGACCACCACCACAUUCAGUAAGACAACUACAGCCUCAACCAGUUCGACGACCAGAACCACUUCCAGUCAGACAGCCACGACAUCGACCAGUUCAAGUGGCACUACUUCCAGUUCCACUGAGACAGCCACGACGUCGACCAGUUCAAGUGGCACUACUUCCAGUUCUACUGAGACAAGCACGACAACAAUGACGACAUCAAGCAGCAUCACUUCCAGUUCCAGUCUGGUGGCUACGACAUGUUUAAUUUGGCCAUUGUGUUUGUUUUGGCAACUUUCAUGCAACAUGCUCCGCCAAAUCUUAGAUGCCGCAAUUCUGCAAAGAGAAACCACAGUCCGCGUGCACCUCUCCCGAGACAAAGACAGAGACUACGUCAGCGAGUUCAACUUCCACCACUUUCAGUCAGGGGGCCGAUGGACGAUGACGAUGACGAUGACGACGACGACGACGACGACGACGACUACUACUACUACUAUGAGGAAAACAUGCUCAUCACAUCAUUGUUCCAGACAAUUUUGGAGAUUUAUCACCAUGGCGCACAUGUACAUGGAGAAAGAAUUUUUUGCAACAAAUUCAUCUCAUCGCAAACCAGCGGGUGUCUGGCUCCACUGCACAAACGCCGCGCAGACCACCACUACCACACGCGCAGAGGGCCCAACCAAGCUCGACAGGAGCCUGCUUUUUGUGAAGCCGGGGCUGUUGUCCUUGGGGGUCCUGGCUGGCUACUUGCUUGUGUUUUUCGCGUCCUACGUGGCGGUCAUGGGAUUUAGAGGUGAACUAGAUACCGAAUGA